GUCUCACUUGGCACCUCACCGGGGGCAGCAUGGGGUAAUCACGUGUGUAGGAGCUUAGCGUCCAUGUUAGCGGCAAGACGUAAUUCGUCGCACCUAGAGCUUACCUAGUUUCGGGAGCUUGAGCUUCAAAUGUUUGUAAAGUUAUAAUUCAUAACUACUUUCCUCUCACCACACGUCUUGUACAUUAAACUACAGCAAAUAUGAGUGGCGGUUGGUCUACUAUCGAAUCUGACGCAGGUGUCUUUACAUUUCUUCUCGAUAACCUCGGUGUCAAAGAUGUACAAUUCGAAGAACUGAUCGCGCUCGACUCUGAUUAUCUCCGCCAACUCUCUCCCAUAUAUGGCGUCAUAUUCCUCUUCAAAUAUCCCGUCGGAGAAGCCCCCAAUAAAGAUGGCACACCCAAAGAUGGUUCCUACGAUUAUCCCGCUGCGGAAAAUCUCUUUUUCGCGGCGCAAACUAUACAAAAUGCUUGUGGUACCCAAGCACUCCUCUCAGUCCUCCUGAAUAAAGAUGGAGAAAUAGAUGUUGGCACUCCCCUUCGCGAAUUCAAAGACUUUACAGCGGGAUUUCCAGCAGAGUUUAGAGGAGACGCGCUCAGUAAUAGCGAUUUGAUUAGAGAUGUUCAUAACAGUUUCGCUAGGUCAAGUCCGUUUGUUGAUGAGACGCAACGAUCGUCGAAAGAUGAGGAUGGAGAUGUUUACCACUUCAUUGCCUAUACGUCUAUAAAUGGUACGCUCUAUGAAUUAGAUGGUCUUCAACCUGCACCUAUAUCUCAUGGAGCAUCCACUGUUGAGGAAUUUCCAGAGAAGGUUAUACCAGUUUUACAGAGGAGAAUAGAAAGAUACCCGGCGACGGAGAUACGAUUUAAUUUAUUGGCGAUGGUGAAGGAUUUGAGGGUUAGAGCGAGAGAAAUGGGUGAUGUGGAGUUGUUGAUGAGGGAGGAACAAAAGAGAAAUGAGUGGCAAUUCGAGAACGCUCUACGAAGACACAAUUUUGUAGGAUUUGCAGGGGAGGUGUUGAAGGGUGUAAUAGGGGAUAAAUUGAAAGAGGGACCUGAGGCAUAUGGGGAAUGGGUAGAACAAGCGAAAAAGAAGACAAAGGCGAGAGCGGAGGACCAGAAGAAAGGUGGUGGAGAUGGAGAUUUAGAGAUGUCUGGUUAAGGGACAGCACUUGGGAUGGACAAUUCGAGAGGGGUCGCGCGUCAGGUUGAAUUGGAACUUCUAGGUUGGUCGAAUAUCAUAGACCUAGCAUCACUGGAACUUUUUAUGCGGAAGGAAUUUAGCAAAUGCAUACAUUCCAACUUCCCUCCCCCCUAUCACAUCUCAUCUAUCCUCCCACGGCAUCAUCAAUCCCACAUCAAAUAACCAUUGUGUGGAAUGAGGGAAUCUCAUAAAUAUAUAUGCACCUAGAUGUCCCACGAACAUACCAUCAGCCCAAUACGCAGAAGGAACUUGUGGAGGUAAGUAGGUAGGUAUCGAUAGAUCUUAAUCCCUCAUCCUGAAUUCAGACGACAGACAUGUAAGGAAUGCUAUGCAUGUAUGCAGUAUACCUACCUACCUAGUGUAGAUACGACACGAAGCAGAACGAAAGAAACGUUCCGUUCCUCUUAGGUUAGAUGUAAGAGCACAAUGUUUAAUCAUUCCAGCCCAUGUCACUACCA